UAGUCAUGGUAACGCAAGGCUUUUCUGCUUUCGGAGAGCGUCAUCGCAGGAAAAUACUAGCGUAAAUGGCUUCUUAUACAGUCGAAGAGUUUGAGCUCAGCCAGAAACACGAGGAUAUACUGGGGAAAAGAGCAUUACUUCUGCAGCAGAUGGAGGCGCACUAUGAACAGCAGAGAGCUAAGAGAAAACAGCAGUUUCUGAUGUGUCAAGCAGCGAAGCAGAGGAAUGCUCAGAUUCUUAAGGAUUUAGAAAAUGUUGAAAAAAAUCUUCAAACUAGACAGCUCCUUCAUCCAAAUAUUAUUAGCCUUGAGACUCGGUAUUGGGCCUCAGUUGAAAGGAAUCUGCCAGAAUGGGAGCAGUAUUUGCUUGGGAAAGGACAACCACCUUUAAGCGAAUCUGAGAAAAAGUUAAAGCAACAGAGACUGAAAACAGCACAGCAAGAUCCUUCACCUGCACAGUGCAGGGGUAAACCACCUCGACCCAAACCUUGAUGACAUAACUUUUUGAGGUGUGUAGUUGAUUUGUGUUUGUUAUGAUGACAUGUUAGAUCAUAACUGUAGCACUUUACAAUGGUUACGAGGUAAUGUUCAUGCAUUAUGAUUGAAGUACUGUAGGAACAAAAUGAGCAAUACAGUUUUUAAUACUCAAGUUAGACUUUUUUGUUGUUUAUUUCAGCUGCGUGUCGUCAAAUCAGGAUUUUAUACUAGAGAGAAAGUGCUAGGUUUUCUGGAAUUGUUUGAAAACAAAUUCUGUAAUUAAUGAUUUAAACAAUAUCAUUUUCCAAUUAUUUUAAUAAGUUAAACACAUUAAUAUAAAAUAGUAAUUGGAUUCAAAUAGCUUGCUGUUAUAUAAAAUUAAUAGCACAAAAAUGUGACUAAACAUUAUUCAAAUAAAUUAUACAAACUUUAAUUAAAAAAAGUGAUUAACAUACUAAUUAUAUUAAAACAAAUAAUAAAAAUUAGUUAAAAUAUUUAUAGAGAGAAAUAUAAAUAUUAUGUAUGAGUAUUGUAAUGAGCAGAAAAAUGUAGUUACUUGUUGUUAAAUGUAGUAACUUAAUAGUAAAUAAUUGUUUUGCAGUAUAUAAUUCAUAAUAUAUAGCAUAAUAAAUAUAAGAUAAUUCAGAAUAAAUUGCGAUAACAUAUAUUAUAUUAGGCAUGGUUGAUCUCAUGUAAGGGUCCACUGCAUGUAAAAAGUUGAAACCACCAACAUUAACUGUAGCAGCAUUUACAAAUGAUUCAGUGUUUCAUUUAAUUUGUUGAAAUAAACAGGAACUUAUUACUUUCA